AUGGAUAUUUGCAUGUUUUAUUUUAGUGUUUUGGUGCUGAUAUCAAACUACUUUUCCCUCACCUUCUCCACACCACUCUUCAAUCUCACCACCGAUCAAUACGCUCUCACUGUCUUAAAAAACUCCAUUGUUUCCGAUCCUAAUGCAAUCUUGUAUAAAAAUUGGUCAAUUCACACUCCCAUUUGUGGAUGGAUUGGUGUCUCUUGUGGCAUCAUACACCAAAGAGUUACUGUCCUAGACCUUUCUAGCUUCGAGCUUCGAGGCACCAUCCCUCCACAUCUCGGAAACUUAUCAUUUCUUCGAGUUUUAGACAUCAGCUCCAACAGUUUCACGGGCAUCUUGCCAUCUGAGCUGUCUAAGUUGCGAUGUUUAGAAGAUAUAAACGUCGCAGCUAACAAUUUCUCAGGAGAGAUACCAUUCGGAGCCUUGUCCCAGCUCCGACACAUGGAUUUGUCAGACAACGGAUUCUCAGGAAAAAUCCCUUCUUCUGUAUUCAAUAUUUCGAGGCUUCAGAAUCUGAAUUUGAGCUUUAAUAUUCUCGAUGGAAACAUCCCAGAGGAGAUAGGCGGGCUUUCUUCACUGGAAAGUGUUAGUUUACGAAGCAAUGAGUUGGAGGGAUCCAUACCAUAUACUAUCUUCAACAUUUCUUCGUUGAUGAUAGUCAAUUUCAGAAGAAACAUGCUAUCAGGAAAGCUCCCAAACAACAUAUGCAGUAAUAACUUAUCUGGCUCUAUCCCACUUGGUAUCUUCAACAUAACAACCUUGCAACUAUUAGACCUUUCAUGGAACAACUUUUCAAGUACUCUUCCUUCAAAUAUUGGGCUUUCACUUCCCAAUCUCCAAUACCUCCAUUUACAUACUAACAACCUCAGUGGCCCAAUUCCUGCCUCUAUCAACAACGCUUCUCAACUUGAAGAACUAUUCUUGCUAGAUAAUUUAUUUACUGGCUUCAUUCCCAGUUUCCCUAGUUUAAGGCUCUUGACCAGGUUUUUACUCAGCCAGAAUAGCUUGAGCGCAACCCCGGAAAUGGAAUUUCUCUCUUCGUUAACUAAUUCCGAGCACCUAGAGGUCGUUGAAAUAUCGGGAAAUCUGCUACAGGGCUGUGCUCUACCAAAUUCCAUAGGGAAUCUAUCCCAAUCGCUUGAGAUUUUCCUGGCGCACAACUCGAGUAUCAGAGGGGUCAUUCCCUCUGAAAUAGGAAACUUGGCAAAUUUGAGUGAUAUCCAACUACAUAAUAAUCACUUGAGUGGAUCAAUUCCGUUGCAAGGAUCUAUCCCGCUCGAGUUUUGUGAGAUGAGUUCUUUGGCAGAGCUGUACAUGAGCAACAAUGAGCUCGAAGGUCCAAUACCGGAAUACCUCGUCUUUGUAAACUUGUCCUCGAACUAUUUGAGCGGUCAGAUUACACCUCAAGUUGGAGACUUGAAGAUAAUCAACGGAAUAGAUUUAUCCUUUAAUCUAUUUUCCGGUGAUAUUCCCAUCUCCAUCGACCAUUGCGAAUCAUUAGAAUCCAUAUCUUUGUCGAACAAUAACUUUGGAGGAUUCAUUCCUCAAUCACUGGCAAAUAUGAAAGGCUUAACAACACUGGAUUUAUCUAAAAACAGUUUUACUGGAAUGAUUCCCAAAUCUUUACAAGAUCUCAAAUUCUUGGAGUAUUUCAAUGUGUCUUACAACAAAUUGGAAGGGGAAAUUCCAAAUGGGAGCUGUUUUUCAAACUUCACUUCUCUAUCAUUUGUGCACAACUCAGCUCUUUGCGGUCCAGCAAGAUUUGAAGUGCCGCCUUGCUCAAAAGAUGAUGAAGGAUCAAAAUUGAAGAGUGUUGCUCGAUUAAUGAAGUAUAUUUUGCCUCCUCUCUUUUCAGCCAUGGCUAUAGUGAUCAUUGUAGUUAUUCUCAUAAGACGAUGGAAGCAUGUAAGAGUGGGAACUCAAGUUCCAACUUCCUUAGGUAAUCCUUGGAGAAUAAUCUCAUACAUAGAACUAUCACGAGCAACAAAUUCCUUUAGCGAGACGAAUCUACUUGGGCGAGGAAGCUUUGGUUCAGUGUUUAGAGGGGUAUUUGAUGAUGGACUGUAUUUUGCAGUAAAAGUGUUCAAUAUAGAGUUGGAAGGAGGUAACAAGAGUUUCGAAACGGAAAGUAGAAUACUAAGCACCAUUCGACACAGGAACUUAGUUCGGAUAAUCGGUUGUUGUACCAACAUGGAAUUCAAAGCCUUGAUUCUUGAAAUCAUGCCAAAUGGAAGUGUGGAGAAAUGGUUAUACUCGAAUGGUUAUUGUGGAGAUAUUCUACAAUUGUUGAACAUCUCAAUUGAUGUUGCUUUAGCUCUGGAGUACCUUCAUCACGGCAAUACUUUCCCCAUUGUGCAUUGCGAUAUAAAGCCAAGCAACGUGUUGCUCGAUGAAGAUAUGACUGCUCGUGUUGCUGAUUUUGGUAUUGCAAAGCUCUUUGAGGAGGGGGAGGCCAUGGUCCACACUAAAACACUUGCUACAAUCGGCUAUGCAGCACCAGAGUACGGAUCGGAAGGGAAAGUGUCCACGGGUGCUGAUGUAUACAGUUUUGGGAUAAUGCUGUUGGAGAUGUUUACAAGAAAGAAGCCGACAGAUGAUAUGUUUGGUGGGGAAAUGAGCUUGAAGGAGUGGGUGACUGAAUCAUUACAAGCCAAUGAAAUUAGUCAAGUAUUAGCCCCUGCUAUGCUACCAGAACGAGAUCGACAUUUCGAUAUGAAGAUGAAUUGGAUGACAUCAGUGUUUGAAUUAGCAAUGAAAUGUUUAGCCAUUUCGCCCGACGAAAGAAUCAACAUGAUUGAGGCGGCAUCCACACUAUAG